AUGAGAACUCGGAAGAGAAAGCACGGAAGUGAGGAUGGAGAACCCGAACGCGCUGAGGUGCCGAGAAUGAUCGCGACGAGGAGUUUUGACGCCUAUGAGAUUGAAGAUGAUGAUGAUGAUGAAGAGGAGAUGGAGGUUGAGGAAGUGCCAGAACAAGCGGAAUGGGAGAAAAGUCAACCGAUGGGACCGGAAGAGCAGUUUGAAGAUGAAGAUGAAGAAGAAGAAGAAGACGAAGAAGAGGAGGAAGAGGAGGAGAUAAUCAAAAAGCCGAAAAAGAAGGUCGCACCUGAAUUUGAUGUUUCUGACGAAGAGCCGGUGGAGCAGCAAGACGAGGAUACUGAAUUUGAUGACGGCAUUAAUUUGGAUGGUUAUUCAUCGGACAGUACUGAAGGAUCUGGUGAUGACACUGAUUAUGUGGUUGAUGAGAGGGAACUUGAUGAGGAAGACGUUGAAGUGGAAGAAGUGGAGGAGAAGAAAGAGAAGACGAAGACGAAGAAGAAGAAGAAGGAGAAGAAGAUGGUGGAGCCACCAGAAGAGCAAGAAAAAGUCGAUGUUCAAGUCGAAGCUCCGGAUGAUUCAUUGGACCUGGAAAAAGUAUUCGAUAUCUUUACUAAGCGAAACAAUCCGACCACCUCGACACCUCCGGACACUUCGAACCCGGUCCCCGAUGAGGGCCGGGUACCCAUCAGAACCCGAGGUGGACAUCUGCUAGACAUUGUUCAGAAGCUACGAAAGGAUCUUCUUGGGCGAACAAUUUUCGAGGCCAUCGAGAAUGAUCCGCGACCGGUGCCGUUUCGAAUGAAGAGAUUUGCGAAGAAAAGUGACCGGAAGGAGAAAAAUAAUCGAGUGACGAAAACGAUAAUCUUGGAGCCGGUGCAGCUCUUGCACAACGUCACCGAAAGCACACCGUACGAGCAGGUCGAGGUGCUUCCGCUCGUCGAGAUCGUCGCGGAUUUCAUAAUGCGGGCGGAGCACUUGAUGCAGCCGAGCCAGGGAUUCCAGGAUGAUCUUGUGCCGACGGCGGUCGAUUUGCAGGGCCAUAUCAAGCUGUUCCACUUCUUCGAGCCGUCGAUAAAGUUGUCCUCGAUUCAGAAGCAAGAGUGGGUUCAGUCGAAGUGGUGGAGGCGGGAGAAGAACGCGGACGGACCGAAGACGAAGAACUUGUCGGGGUAUUUGGAGCCGCCGGAAGAGCCGGUGCUCAAUGUGCACGAUGAUCCGGUGCUCUAUGAGCAACAUGCGCACAACGGUCGGAACAUGAAGUCACACCUUCAGAUGAUCAGCCAUUUAAUUCGACGUCGCUUGAACCGGGUUAGUUCACAAGGAUUUGGGCCCAGAAACCUACCAGAUGCUUGCAGAGAAGAAAUGACAACGCGAUGAUCCGUGACUCGACCUACUUCUGCCGCGAUUUCUUCCUCAAAAAGGCGUCGAUAUCGUUGAGAAUCGUGAUUGCUCGCGACAUUCCCGAAGUGUUCGUCCCGCCGUUUCUGAAAUGCGGUACUAAAUCUCGACAUUCAUCGUUCACUUUUGAAUCUUCCAGGAUACUAUCCCGUCAUGGCGGAUACCAUCGGCCUCAAAAAGGACUACUUGAUGGGCAGAUUCGAAGAGGCACAAAUCGAAUAUGUAAACUUGACAUAGUAAGGCGAACGCGCGUAGUUCUUCCACUGACUCGCCUCUAUUUCCAGUCGAGACCUUUCGCCGCCUGCCGAGUUCACAGUGUCCUACAUCACCGGCCAGGAACUUUAUGACUUCCAUACAAUCGGAAGACACAUUCACGGAUUCUUUGUGGUUUGGGAGCUGAACGACGAGACGUACCUGGAUUGGAAUGGAAGUUCGAAGAGGAAGAGAUAUCUGGUGGAUGUGUUUAACUUGAUCCGUUUUCCGCUUUACGUGGAGUAUGAAAGGUCUGUUCGGGGAUACGAUAUCUUAAAGGAUCGUUGAAUUCUCCGAGUUUAUGUGACACGCGCAGGCAAAUACACACUUUUGUGAAUGUUUGGCAUCGUCUGAUUGUGAAAGAGAUCUUAGCCACGGUCACCAAUUCAGAGGGUCCCUUGGUCCUUUAAGGUCCCAUGCCGCAUCCAAAUUCUCGGAAACCCAGCAAAUCUCGCGGACUUUGCAAUCCAAAACUUUGCAACAACAAUCCAAUCCAGAAAUUUGCGGGAAAUCCGGGGUGCGCACAGCUGAACGAGUGUUACCGUACACCAUAAAACUACGGUAUUUUUUGAAAAUUUACCCAAGAAAAAAAUAUAUUCUCGCAAAUAUUCUCGAGAAAUUUAAUGGGGUUAUUCAGGCUGUGAAAAAAAUGAUUUUUUUCCGUUCUUUCCGUUUUUUUACGUCAAAAAACCCAAUUCAGCGGUGUAAAAAAACGAAAAAAAACUGAAAACAAACAUACGCUGAAUAUCCCCAUAAAUUUUUUUCAAAAAAAAUACCGUUGAAAAAUUUACACAAGAAAUUUGGAAAAAAAUUGCAAAUAUUCUCGAGAAAUUUAAAUUUUUCUCAAAAAAAUACCGUUGAAAAAUUUACCCAAGAAAUUUGAAAAAAAUUGCAAAUAUUCUCGAGAAAUUUAAUUUUUUUCAACAAAUACCGUUGAAAAUUUACCCAUGAAAUUUGGAAAUAUUGCAAAUAUUCUCGAGAAAUUAAAAAAAUUUUCAAAAAAAUACAGUUGAAAAAUUUACCCACGAAAUUUGGAAAAAAAUUGCAAAUAUUCUCGAGAAAUCUAAAUUUAAAAAAAAUACCGUUGAAAAAUUUACCCAAGAAAUUUGAAAAAUUUUUCAAAAAAAUUCUCGAGAAAUUAAAAGUUUUCAAAAAUUACCGUUGAAAAUUUACCCACGAAAUUUGGAAAAAAAUUGCAAAUAUUCUCGAUAAAUUUAAAUUUUUUUCAAAAAAAUACCGUUGAAAAAUAUACCCAAGAAAUUUGAAAAAAAUUGCAAAUAUUCUCUAGAAAUUAAAAAAAUUUUUCAAAAAAAUACCGUUGAAAAUUUACCCACGAAAUUUGGAAAAAAAUUGCAAAUAUUCUCGAGAAAUCUAAAUUUAAAAAAAUACCGUUAAAAAAAUUUACCCAAGAAAUUUGAAAAUUUUUCAAAAAUUCUCGAGAAAUUAAAAAGUUUUCAAAAAAAUACCGUUAAAAAAAUUUACCCAAGAAAUUUGAAAAAUUUCAAAUAUUCUCGAGAAAUUUAAAUUUUUUUCAAAAAAAUACCGUUGAAAAUUUAUCCAAGAAAUUUGAAAAAUUUAAAUUUUUUCAAAAAAAAUACCGUUGAAAAAUUUACCCAAGAAAUUUGGAAAAAAAUUGCAAAUAUUCUCGAGAAAUUAAAAAAAUUUUUUUCAAAAAAAAUACCGUAGUUUUAUGGUGUACGGUAACACUCGUUCAGCUGUGCGCACCCCGGAUUUCCCGCAAAUUUCUGCCGACUUUGGACUGCAAAAUCCGCGAGAUUUGCGGGUUUUCCGAGACUUUGGACGCUGCAUAAAGUUGCAUCUGUUUCAGAUGGGAAACGCGUCUGAGAGUGGCGUUCGAUCGUCUCUCCGCUUACAAUCUCCACCUCGCCGAGAUCCUCCGAUGCAACCGUCCGGUCUUCGACGUGCUCGCUCAGACCAGUUCCCUAAUACAGCCGUUGUCUCUGAAAGAGGUUUGUAUGAAGGUACGUCUUGAAGUUUUCCCUAGUUUCCCCCCAGUAAGUAUUGUUGUAGCUGGUAGAGCAGGAACUGAUACCGAAGCACUAUUGCGACACUUUGGGCCCCAGAUACUUUUAUGAGGUGAGUGAGAAUCUUGUCACUCAAAAACAAUACUACAACAGGGCGUUCGAAACAUUGCCAACCACGACUAUCUGUCCGCGUACGCGUUGAUUUGCGGAGGGACGAAACUGCUGAAGAAGGAGAAGAAGGAUCCGAAACGGGCGACAGUAGUCUAUGCGGCCGAUCAUAAGGAUGUGGUCGUCGGACAUCGUGACGGCACACGAAGCAGACUGGCGACCGAUGAACCGAUCAAUGAGGUUUUCGUGCUUUCUGCAACGUUCCCUUUGCUACAACGAAGCACGGCAAAAGAGGUCGAGGAGGGGAAACGGGUAGUGUUGGAACCGCCGAUCUAUCGGACCAUCGUCCGACCGCCGAACCUGCCGAUUGAGACCAUCAAGACGCAUGUCGUUUGUGAAAAAAGUGCGGAUGUGAAAAAGGAAAAAGUUGCAACGAUACCCGCGACAAGGGACUUUGCGAAUUCGUUGUCAAGAAAGCAGCUGAUACAAGUGCGGAGGAAGAUGUAUGGACUUCCACCGCCGCCGCCACCUGAACCCAAGCCGCCAGUUGUUCGGGUGAGGCAGAAGCCGGGACGGAAAGUGAAGACGAAAGCGGAAGAAGGCAUCGAGACGUUCGACUUUGAUCCGAUUCUUCAGGCUUCAGAGUGAGUGAGCAUGUUUGAUAGCGCGUGGCCUCGGCCAAAUGGCGUUUUCAUGAAUUGAGCAGGUUUUUUCUGAUUUUUUUGGUCAAAGGCGAUGAAAAAUGAUUGUUCGACAUGAAAACACACUAAUUCUCAGAAUUAAUUACGUUUUGACGCAUUUUUCGCUGAUUUCGCUUUUUCGCCUUCGUCGCCGAUGGCCGCCUAAAAACCGCACAUCUCAUUUUGCGCUUUCUUGACCGUUUUCAGACAGAACUGAUUUUGAAAAAUGAGAAAUCACAUAAGUACAAGAAUUUUGAGCGCUCGAACCGCGAAAACUACCGAAAAGCAACUGAAAUUCACGCAGUUUUAGCCAAAAACCUUCAAACUUGACCAAAUUUAACGCUCUUGCGCUUAAAAAAUUCGUAAUAGCCUAUACAAUCGGUCGAUCGCAAGAAAAAUGAGAAAUUAUCGUUUUUUCGUGGCUAAUCUGGCUAAAAACACUAAUUUUGCUGUUAAAAUUUGAAUUUCGCGCCAAUGUAUCGAUCUAUUGGGCGGGGCGCACUUGCACCCAUUGUAAGCUAUGGAGAGGGAGAGAAAUGAACUCUAACUUGAAACGUUUCGCAACUGAAAACUCUUUUCAGCAUCGAAUCCGAGUCGGGCGGCUACGAAAGCGGCGACGACGAGCAAAGCGAACAUUCUCGACCGGUGCUCCGUCGGACCACCUCGUGCGAGUCGUUCUUCCUUCACCACCGACAUCUGGAGUACAUGCUCGACAUGGUCUCCCUGUUCCAUCAGAAGAAGUACACGCGUCCGGUGCCCAAGACGAAGGAGAAGAAGCGUCGGAAGAUGAAGUUGAUGCAUCAGAAGCACAUGCUCCGUUUUCGACAAGUCGCAUUCAAUAACUACGCGCUGUCCGAGACGUUGAACUGCUACAUGGGCGAGUAUGCGGCCCUGGACAAGCACAUAAAAAAUACCAAAAGUGAGGAUGAGCAGACGAAUCAUUUAAUACAUUUGUGGGUUUACAGGCGCGAUGAGGGCUCCGCGACACUUUCAAUUAUUCAAUCUACCUCGAGUCUACGCCAGAACAGAUACACAGCUGAUCAACGACGUGACCGAUCUGCUAAAGCUUACCGUGAAUCGUGUGGCCCUCAAAGAGGUAUGUUUUCUGCUUAUCAGUCAACACUAUCAUCCUUUUUUGUUUUUCCAGACAAUGUCAAUGGUCUGCGCCAACGGAAUAAGCACGUCGUUCCAGAAGAUUCUGACGGAACGGCAUGCGAUGCUCGAUGCUCUUCCGCUGAAAGGAGGUUGUCCGCCCAACGAGCUGCAGUACAUCUCCAUCCAAAUGCUGACUCUGAAGCGAAUUCUCGGACGGUCCGAACUGGCGAGGGCCAAGGCGGAAUUGAUGAAGGAGGUCGAGGAUAAUGUUAGAAUUAUUUGUGACCGAACCGCGGUAGUUUACUAA